AUGGCGGACUUUAGCCACAUUCUUGCUCAAAUGGGAGACUUCGGGCCAUUCCAGAAGAAACUGGUUUUGCUCUGUUCCAUACCGCUGAUCCCGUUCUCUUUUGCCUUGGCGGGGUCGGUUUUCCUUAGCAUGACUCCAGAUCACUGGUGCGCCUUCCCGGAGGCCAAGCGUCUCUUGAAUGAGUGCGGCUGGACACAGGCGCACGUGAUGGAAUACACCAUUCCCCGUUCAGGAGAGUCCUUCUGCCACUGCGAGAGGUUUGAGAUGAACCUGAGUCGAUGGACGUGCGAUGAUGUGUACCAACAUCUGGUCUCCAAAGAGGCUCAGGUGGCACCUUGUAAUGGCGAAUGGGAAUUCAAUUCAAGCCAUUCCACAAUUGUUUCGGAGUUCUCCUUGGUUUGUAAUAUGUCAUGGAAGGCUGGUCUCAAUCACAUCAUGCUGAGAUCCGGACUCCUCUUCAGCGGGUUCAUCACUGGCCACAUGUCAGACAGAUUUGGCAGGAAGCCGUGUUUUAUCGGCUUCAUGUUUUUUCUCGGUAUCGCCGGCGUGGGCGUCAUGCUGUCGCCGUGGUACCCACUGCUGCUGCUGUUUCGUUUCCUUCAAGGAUUUUUUGAAAGGGGAGCUUGGACAUCAGGCUACGUUCUGUUGGUAGAGUUUGUUGGACCAAACUACCGAAAAUUUGUGGCACUGAUGACCAGCUUGUUCUAUGACAUGGGCAUGGUGGCUCUGCCGGGCUUGGCGUACUUUAUAUCUUCUUGGAGGACUCUGCAACUCAUCCUGACGCUACCCUGGUUCCUCUUUAUCCCUUACUACUGGAUGGUUCCUGAAUCGCCACGCUGGCUCUUGGCUCAAAGGAGGAACUCGGAGGCCAUGAAGAUUGUGGCCAAGGUUGCCAAGUGCAAUGGGAGAACAUUGUCGCAAAACCUUGAAGAGGUGACUCAUCUGGAGAAGAGAAGUACAGCCCAUCCUUUAUCACUUUUGGUCUUGGUUAAGACACCCGUCCUCAGGCAGAACACGCUCAUCUUAAUUUAUAUCUGGUUUUCAGCUGGUUUUGUGUUCCAUGGCCUGAUUUUGCACCAAGUGGAGGCUGAAAAGAACCUCUAUUUGGAAUUCUUAGUGCCUUCGGCAAUGAGGUUCCCUGUGGGCUUUAUAAUAUACAUGAUGGUCGACAGAGUCGGCCGACGCCACUUUCUGGCUGGUACCUGUUUAAUUGGCGGCAUCUACUGCUUCGCCGCACCCUUUAUUUUCACAGAGCAUACCUGGGGGAAAAAUGCCAUGAAGACCAUCAUUAAUAUGGCUCUUUCUGCAUUGCUGAAGACGCUCUUCUUUGCAAAUGCGGAAUUGUAUCCCACCAAUUUGAGAAAUCUGGGCCUGACGGUGUGUUCAUCAUCCUUUGAUGUUGCAAUCAUGGCUGCUCCAUUUCUGCACCAUUGGCUGACAGACAUCUGGCCUGAGCUUCCCUUUUGCAUCUACGGGGUCAUAACAGUGGUCAACUGCGGUUUGGUAACAUUGUUGCCAGAGACGAAGGGAGUUGUGCUACCUGACACUGUUGAUGAAAUGGAGGAUCUAAGAAGGUACGAGGGAUGA